AUGAAAAGACUUGAAGAUCUCACCGUUGAGACGGAGGAAUCGGUGAAACCGUGUCGGGGACAAAACCGACGUUUCCUCUCGGACGUAACCCACUGCACCACUGAAGGAGAAAUGCUGCUUCCGGGACCACUUCCGCUAGUACGGGAACUUGUUGUUCGUUUGGGAUUGUACGGCCUGCGGCGAGCGAAACGUGUUGACGAUGAGUCGCUUGUUGUUUCGGAGUCGUAA